AGACUGGGAUUCUCUGUUUCGCGCCCUUCUCACUUCAUCGUCCCAAGUCCCAACAUAUCUGUUCUUUCUUCACUCUCCCUCUGUCUAUCUAUCCCUCUCUCUCUCGUUCUAGUCUGCCGCAAUGGAGGAAAUCGACGACAGAGAAAUCGAAUCACAGGUUUAUAUGGCUUGCAUUCAGCAUGGUCGACGAGUUGGAGUUUCUUACUAUGACUGUAGUGAACGCAAGCUUCAUGUGCUAGAAGUUUGGGAGGAAGAUUGCUCAGACUUCACCUUGAUUAAUAUGGUAAAAUAUCAAGCGAAGCCAUCAAUCAUUUACACAAGCACCAAAAGUGAAGAGUCCUUUGUAGCUGCUCUGCAGCAGAGUGAUGGAACUGACGAGAAUACCGUGGUGCGGCUGGUAAAGAGCUCAACAUUCAGCUACGAGCAAGCGUGGCACAGAUUGGUGUAUCUUCGAGUAACAGGAAUGGAUGAUGGGUUGAACAUCAAAGAAAGGAUUUGUUAUCUGAGUUCGAUGAUGGAUGUGGGCAGUGAAGUCCAAGUUCGUGUUAGUGGGGGCCUUCUUGCUAUAUUAGAAAGUGAACGAAUUGUUGAAACUCUGGAACAAAACGAAUCUGGGACUGCGUCAAUCGCAAUUGAUUCAGUCAUGGAAGUACCACUGAACAAGUUUCUUAAACUUGAUGCGGCUGCGCACGAGGCUCUGCAGAUAUUUCAAACAGAUAAACAUCCAAGCCAUAUGGGCAUUGGCCGGGCCAAAGAAGGGUUCUCGGUGUUUGGAAUGAUGAAUAAGUGUGCCACCCCAAUGGGUAGACGCCUUUUAAGAAGCUGGUUUAUGAGACCAAUUUUAGAUCUUGAAGUGUUAGAUCGCCGUCUCAAUGCUAUUUCCUUUUUCAUUUCUUCAGUAGAGCUGAUGGCAUCAUUGCGGGAGACACUGAAAUCAGUGAAGGACAUUUCGCAUCUGCUCAAGAAAUUCAACUCUCCGACGUCCCUUUGUACCAGUAACGACUGGACAGCUUUUUUGAAGAGUAUAAGUGCGCUCUUGCACGUUAAUAAGAUAUUUGAAGUUGGAGUUUCAGAAAGUCUCAGAGAGCAUAUGAGACGCUUCAACUUGGACAUUAUUGAGAAGGCCGGCUUAUGUAUCAGCACAGAGCUAGAUUAUGUCUAUGAGCUGGUCAUUGGAGUCAUUGAUGUAACUAGAAGCAAAGAGAGGGGUUAUCAAACAUUGGUGAAAGAAGGAUUCUGUGCUGAGUUGGAUGAGCUGAGGCAAAUAUACGAGGAGUUGCCAGAGUUUCUGCAGGAGGUUGUUUCUAUGAUCUUUUGUGCAAUGGGAAGCAAGUUCAUGACCGCGGAACAAUCUACAUUCAUGAUAGAUCUGCAUCAAGUAGGAAUGAUGCUCAGGCAGGCAACUUCAAGAUCUCUGUGUCUAUUAGACGAGUUUGGUAAAGGCACUCUUACAGAAGAUGGUAUUGGCCUGCUUGGUGGGACAAUAAGUCACUUUGCUACAUGUACAGAGCCACCAAGGGUUCUAGUAUGUACGCACUUGACUGAACUACUUAACGAGAGCUGCUUGCCUGUUUCGGAGAAGAUUAAAUUCUAUACAAUGAGCGUUCUUAGGCCAGACACAGAAUCUGCAAACAUGGAAGAUAUUGUUUUUCUUUAUCGGUUAAUUCCAGGACAGACUUUGCUGAGCUAUGGUCUUCAUUGCGCACUACUCGCUGGUGUGCCGGAGGAAGUCGUCAAGAGAGCAGCCAUCGUGUUGGACGCCUUUGAAAGUAACAACAGCGUCGAUAAACUAAGCCUUGACAAAAUAUCAUCUCAAGAUGAAGCAUUCAAGGAUGCUGUUGACAAGUUUAUGGAGUUUGACAUCAGUAAAGGUGACGUCCGUGCCUUCUUUCAAGAUAUCUUCACUUCCUAAUAAACCCUUACUCAAAAAGUGAAGACCCUUAUACAAAAUGUAACCAACAACAGUAGAUUUUUCUA